AUGACGUCUCACGUAGCGGCCGCCCACUUGUCGCCCACGGCCCCACGUCGACGCCACAAGGAACAGCCAUCAGAAGCGACCGCUCCCGCCGUAUGGACUGUGUCGGACUGGGCCACCCACCCCGUGAUCGAGAGCUUCUACGGCCACGCGCGCCACGCACGCGCCAGUUCGUUCUACGACGUAAUGUGUUCGCCACUGAACGCGACUGCCACAACGACACUGGGCGAGAGCUGCUACGGGUACGCAAACGUGACGGACAACAACGAGAAGGACAGCGAGGACAGCUGUCGGCUCAGUGGAGUCGCUGCAACGAGUCCCCACGCGCGUCGCCUGUUGUGUGGCUCGUUCGCCUACUCCUGUACGACGGACACGAGUGAGGAAGCGGCUCUGAGCAUCGGUCCCGAGAGUCCUGCGGACGACCGUAUAGCGGCGCUACACAAGAGCUACAGCAGCAGCAGUUGCGCUAUGCGCAGCGGCUCUGGCUUUGCCCAGUGGAACAAAAUGAGACGGACCAUGAGUCUUAACGGUAGUCCGUCCCUCGUGCCUGUCCCGCCCGACCACCACUUUACCGCCAGGAGACCAGGAUCUACUUUGAUGCUGGAGGAUCUGCACGACAGCGACGAGUGUCGUGUGAGUGCGGCUUCGUCACUGGAUUGUGGGGGCCUCGUGGGCCUCUCGUCGCCUCCAACUUCGAGCAGGCUACGGGCGAAACUGCAGGCAAGUCUGCGGGACUUGAACCACCAUAUUGCACUGGAACACAAACGCUUGCAUCAGGCGCAGCGGGCUGGCAAAAAGUCAAGAGCGAAACGACCGGUAGCUCCUGUUUCGAGCGUCGUGUGGGGUCUUUUGUGCGGCACACGAAGGACGGAGACGUCACAUGCCGAUGGCUUGGCACCCUUGACCGAGAAGCUGGGGGUGGCUGUCUCUCACCGUGCGCUCAAUCAGUUACAACGACAUCGGCGUCAUGUGCGAGGAAUCUUGAAAAUCGUGAUGGCACACCACCCAGACCUGGAGCUCACCGAGCGUCAGCUGGACUCAUUUGAAGUGGCAGACGUCAUGCUGGCUGCCGACAUCAAGUACAUCGUGCUGCACCAGCAGUAUACGCUUUUGGUUGCCAGUGCUGCACAAAGGCGACGUGCUCUAGCGGAGGCAAAGCUCUGCAACGGUAUCGACUGCUUUGAAAAGCCUCAAGCAAAAAGAUUGAUGCUGUCGAAAUUGCUUGAGGCCGUGAGCUGGUAUCGAUUGAUGCAGCGGAAUGCCAGGGAAAAAUCAGCGUUGAGUUCUGUGGGUACGGUAUCUGCUUCAGAGUCGGCCAGUUCAGCGGCGUUGGAUGGUGCUGGUCCACAGGAGCGGCAAGUGGAGAAGAUGCUGAGCGUUUUGUCCGACGAAGACUUUUAUUCUGACUUCAGCAAACUGAUGUGCCAGCCAGACUGGUGGGAGGUCGCACAGGCUCAUUUUGAGAAUCUCAUUUUCUCAUCGAGACAGUCUCGUAUCUGCCUGUGGGUUCUGCAGCUCUCACAAGAUGUUGCUGCUGUGAGUUUCGAAGAGCUAGAGGAGAACGAGAGUGGUGGACUGCGAUCUCACACGAGUCUUUUGGCAGAGAGGGGUGCGCAUCGUAGGCCGCAGCAUGCUUCAUGGACGAAUGACACACCGCCCGAACGGAUUAUCGACUUUGUGAACCGACUGACUGGCCGUGUUCGACGUGAGUUCGAUGUACCAUUGGAUGUCAGCAAGAGCCUUAGUGUCUUUAUUCAGCGCACGGUAUUCCUGCGUUGUGCUGUACUCUGUUAUGAUCAGAAGGCGACCCGUGAAUGCCAGCAAAAAGACAAGCUAUGGCGGAAAAGAUGCGCCGAGCUGAGUGGUUUACCGAUGGAGAAUUUGGGUGUGUCGCCCGACCUGGUUGCUAAGAUUUGCUGUAACUUGCCCAGCCGUCACAUCGAUCGAUCAAGUCACGGGCACGAUCCCAGUCAAGAGCGCGUAUUCUUCGUUCGCGCGAUCGAAGCUUUCAACGGCAUGAUGAGUGUGGUGCCCUGCGAUCUGCUCGACGAGCUCAUGCACGGUGUUGUGAUCUUACACCACGAAGCGGCUCUCGUGCUAGGCACAACGCAGUUUUCGGUGGAGACCUUCUUUCCAUUGUUGGCGUACGUGCUGAUACACUGUCGACUGCUGACGAUCCACGCACAGCUACAUGUUCUGGAGAAUUUUGCCAUUACCGCUGACAAUGCGAACGGCGAGGAGUCUUACUACGUCUACUGCGUGCAUGCUGCGGUCGAGUACAUAUGCAACACGACUGGGUUGGGAGUUAAUGCGACUUCUGCCGGUGCACGUGGGUUGAGCACAACCUCCAGUACAUUGUUGACACCAGGCAUGACGGAGAUGAAACCGGCCCUACUCAUGCACAACUCGUCGCCACGCAGGAGUUAUGGUGCUUUCUCAUCGGAUCUCGAGGUAGAAGGGAAAGCCUCGCGUCCACCGCCAAGUGCAAAGUGA